AUGCCUUCUCCCCCAUCCCAAAAUCCACCUGUACUCGAAUCCAACAAUAACGUCGUCCAAACCACCGCCACCGCCCAGCAAAAUACCCGAGCGUUACUUAGAUCAUUGGAGGAGCUACGAGACUCCUUAAGUACGAGGGUGGAACAUCUCAGUAAUGCCGUAGAGAGGCUGAGAGGCCAGGCGGGCGAGUUGGAAAGAGCGCUCGAAGGGGAAAAUGGUGUGCAGAGGGAGUUGCGAGAUCCAACUAGAUCAAGACAACGUGCAAGAGAUAUUGUAAACGCAUAUGAGAAUCGUGAAAACCCUUCUCCCGUUCCUCCCCCUGCCCCUGCCUCUCUUACAGCUACAGCUGCCACGACAUCAACACCUAUAAGCAGAUCAUUAUCUCGACCUAUUACAAGCGAUGAGAUACAUACUUUGUUAAAUCGAGCUUCAGCUUCAGCUCCGGGUUCGGCUUCGAGACCCAAUCCAGCGAAUGAUGUAUGGAUAAUCCGAGCGCAAAAUAUCGAAGAGAGGAUAAGGAGAUUGAGUGAGACUGCCAGAGAUUUACGAUCGAGAUCUACCUCAUCGAUCAAUGAGGGAAAUACCGAAAGGGAUAGACCUGAUGAUUUACUUAGAGGUGUACUUAAUCGAGCUAGGGAAUUGAGAGAAGAUCAAGAUAGGUUAGAAGAUGGUAUAAGGCGACUAUCUAUUCCUAGCCCGGAGGAUGGAGAUGGAAGAGCGAGAACACCUCAGAUUGUGUAUCCCAAUUUGAAUAGGAGACAAUCCCGUCAGGGGACUACCGGUAUGAUGUCAAUGUCAAGAAGUCGAAGUAGAGGAUUAACACCUACGAAUAUUCGACAAGUUGAAAGACAACCUCCUCCUGAGAUCGUUAGAUCCGCACCCGUAUCGCCAGCUUACACCAUCCGUCCUUCACUCGAUUCAACCUCUUGUAUUGAUGUCGCUGCAUCACCCGGUCCCGCUUCUGAUGGGAAUGAUAGGAGUGACAAUCAUAUAUCACCUUUACCUCUACCUCAACAAGAUUCACGACUUAUCACAAAUCGUAUCAACAUCCUCAACCAACCUGUACCACCCCGACCUUCCACUCGAUUGUCAAAUACGGAUCUGAUGGACAUGGCUCGAAUUAUCGUCGAGGGAAUCUCCACUUCCAGCUUGACGGAUCACAAUCCCCCUUCGACUACAAAUAACAAUAUCACUCCUUUGCACCGCCGAAAUGCAAGGAGGGACAGUAGCUUGACAUUCAGAGGAAGACGAGUGGAAGCUUCCAUGGCUCAGAACCAAGGUCAAGGUGGAACUCAACCUCGAUCUCGAAAUGAUGAUGAGGAGAUGACGGAAGAUGAAGUAUUGAGGACUUGGCCGUUCCUAGCUCAGAUCUUACAACAUCCUUUUACGGCUACUCGCACCACAACCACAGCCAAUGGUCAAUCGAACAGGACAGGCGCGUCUACUGCUCAGUCUUCAAGGGGUGAAUCGCCGAUGGAAGAGACGGUCAGACUGAUGUUAGAUGACAGAGAGCGAAGAGAUAGAUAUAGAUCACCUCGACCCGCUGGUUCGUCAGCCUCCAACAUUGGAGAAAACGAACGGGGACACAGAAGGAGAAAUACCGGUCAAUGGUCAUCUUCCUGGUCAGCCCGAGAUCCGGAUACAGAGGAUGACUAA